AUGGAACACUCGUGGAUGAGAGCCACAAACACACUUAUAAAAUGCAUUCUGUGUUUUAAAGAAGAAGAUAACAGCACAGCAACUGAUAUAUUAAUAUGUGAUGGUCCUGGUGAGGUGCAAUUGGGAAAUGUUUUCGGUAAUAUUUCGGACCAAACAAGACACAAUUUAUCGGAGUUCAAAAUUACUGAGUAUGAUUCAGAAACUGAUUCUUGGAACAUUUUUAGUAACAAAGAAGGACAAGACGCUGAAAAGAAUGCAGAGCUAUUUACGUGCAAAGAUGAAUGUAUUGCUUAUAAUCCUGUUUAUAAGUAUUAUGUGAUUCACAUUCCGAUCACAAAACAAUUGUUCGUGAAAGUCAUAGGUCUAAAAGCAUAUGACGAAGUGAAAUAUUCCAGCAAAGAAUUUUACGACAUAAUUGAACAUCUCAUCAUUUUUCUUGAUGAUAAUUCGUUGAUUCUACGUGCAUUUGCACAGCAAUUAAUGGAUAAUCCUCAAUUGUGGGGUCAGCUCAAGGAAAUAAACCAAAAGAAGGCUUGUAGUGAGCAAAAAGCUAGUCCUAUGGGUCGCAAUCGCUUUGAAGCAAAUCUGCUCAAUGUUAUGUUUACAAUAAAUGAUAUAACCUACCUAUCAAUUGCAGAUGACCAAAAAAGGAUAGCAUUCAUUUCCAGGGAUUACAACAAUAGAGGAAGAUUACCUGUGUAUGUCAGCAUCCGCAAUCUGGACAGUUUGUUUCUAAGGCAGUCUAUAAUUAUGAACGGAUACUUUCUGAUCAAAAACCACAGUAAGUUGUUCAAAAAGUACAGCAAAUCGAUCAUUGAUCACGGUUUGAAUGUUGAGGUCGAUUUUUCAGACAUAUUUUAUGACAAAAGGAAAAAACAUGGUAUGAAUAAGAAGCGUUUGGCUCAGAUUAUCACAAAAAUUCUCAACAAAGCAAUUAAGUGUAAGUUUAUGACAAUGUGUUCUGUCGAAAAGUGCAUAUUUUGGUUCAAAGGGAUCCAAUCUGAUGUAGAUUUUGAUGUACAGUCUCUGAUAAAAUAUCACAUUCAUUUUGAGAGCUGUGCUUUUGUAAAAGACACCUUCCUGCCUACAAAUUUGAAAAAGUUAUGGAUUUCCGACUCAGUGAUUUAUGACUGCUUGCUUCUGCCCGUUGGAUUGGAGGAGCUGUAUCUUGAAAAUGUUGAUAUAGUAGAAAAAAGUAAAAUAAAUGUAGGGAAAGCGUGUAAAAUAUUGGUUCUGAGGAACAUUAAUGGCGAAAUCGACAUUCCUUGUAUUACAGAGAUUUUCCAUGUCCAGUACUGUGAUAAUUGGACACUUGAAGUACGCAAAAACGAGAAUAACACCAUUGAGAAGUUGCACAUGGUGAAUAUGAUGUUCAAAACUACUGAGAUAGGCUUAUGUUAUGACAUAAAAACGGUCUACAUGAAAAAUGUAUCGCUAUUGAAUGGGUGUGUUAUGAUACUGCACGGAGGUAUGGAGCACGUAAAUCUCUGUAACUUCACAGGAUCUGUACAAAUUCUGGACAUUUCACAUCACGAUCCAUGUUUGGUCCGUCUUGCUUUAGGUACAUGUCAGUUAAAAAGAAUAGGUGAAAAGAGGAUGCUGGAGUUGACACUGUCUGAAGCGGAUUUAAUAGGCACUACGAAGUUGAACGAAAAUAUCUCAGGCAUUAGUAUGGAUAAUGUCAGUAUUAUGGAUGGAUUGCAUCUUAAAUUGUGCAGCGAGGUAAAAAAUAUCUGCUUUAAGAAUUGCAUCGGAACAGUUUACUUCAAAGAUUGGCCGUGUUUCGAAAUAAUUGAAUUCUCACGGUACAGUCCAUACAGUGUAAUCAAGCAGGUAUUUCAUGUUGUAAAGUCCGAGACUAAAACUGUUGAUCGAUUGGUUAUAACCGAUUUUCGCUUCGACAGAACAAUACGCUUUGGAUUGGAAGUGAAAGAUAUUGAGCUAAAAAAUGUACUGUUCUCGCAAAACGGUGUUUUAAUAAUAGAUGAAGGCUUUCAAAAGCUCACUAUAACUCGAUGCAGAGGAAUGUUUCAGAUUCCGGGUGUCUUUACUGAGAACACUUUAACAAUUGGAUUGCAUACAUAUGGAAAUUCUAUCAAGAUUAGUAAAUAUGCAGAUGGUUUGUAUGAUAUCACCAUGGCAAAUAUAGCACUCGAUAGGCCUCUGAUUAUCAAUAUGAAUCUAAAUAGAGCAGAAUUUCACAAUUGUGAGGUGUCUAAUCAUCUGUCGUUACUUGGCAGAAAGUGCAAUAAUCUAGUUUUGACUCAGUUCAAAAACCGUUUAAACCUUGUUGGCAUCUCGUCGAUCAGAAAAUUAGAAGUGAUAAAUCUCAACUUGGUAACUAAUCCGCAUCUUUUAUCCAUUCCUGUUGAGGAAUUCAGAGCAGAGGACAUUACUAUCGACCAAAAUAUAACAUUCUGCUCCUGUACCAAGAAGGUUAGUCUGAAGUCAAUUUAUAAACUUGGUAAUGAAAACAUAGUUAUUACGAUAAAUAAUGGCUGCGAAGAUAUUAAUAUUGAUAAUUGCUAUGUCCCGGUCAAUAUUACAAGCGUUGUAAAAAAUAAUACAGCCGAUUACUUUAUAAUGGCGUUGUUGGGAACUUGUUGUCACUUAACCAGCUGUUGCCCAAAAGGCCUUAGCAAGCUUAAACUUAAGAAUAUUCGACUUGGUGAUACUUACAGGAUCGAAAAAGAUGUUAAUUUCCUCUCGCUUUCGCAUAUUGUUCCAUAUAGAUCUUCGAGGUUGGUGCUCAAUGAAAGUUUGGAGAGUCUACAAAUUCAGAACUGUUAUGUGGACAUCGAUACGUCAAGGGUGAAGAAGCUGAAGGCGUUAACACUGACCGAAUCAUCCUCGUUGGUCUAUGAUCCAGACACGCACAGCUCCAUGAUUUACAUCAACAUACUCGACAUGAAAAUAAGCAGCAGUGUAACAUUCGCUAAAAGUCUUGCUACCAUCAUCUUAUACCAAGUGGAAUUAACUAGAAGAUCGAUAGUCACAAUCAACAAAAACGUAUCACAGCUCAGCAUUAUCAAAUGUAGUGGAACCGUUGACAUGCAGGGAGUGGCCGGUUUCAAUGUAAUUAGAUGUAACAAAACCAACAUACUCCAACUAAGGAAGUUAAAGAGUAUCAACGACCGGUACUCAUUGAUUCUUGAGAGUUUUUGUUUUGAGAACGAUGUCAGACUCGCAGACAAUAUCGAAACUGUUUGUCUGCAAUAUGUAGAUAUACUGCCUGAUCGUAAAUUAAUAUUAGGGCAAGGUUGUAAGUGUCUAAAGCUGAGUUCCUCCUGUGUCGAAGUCGAUUUCUCUCGGUCAGCUAAUUUAAAAAAGGUGAUCUUGAAAAAUAUGCCGUUGUACCUUAAGGAAGUGUUUCUGAAGGCACCGGUCACGAUUGAUACCAUUAUAAUCCAAGAACUUGAGAUAAAAGAUAAGAUCGAGUUGCCAAGCAAUAUACGAGUUGUUGUUUUACAGCGUGUAAAGUUUUACCUAGUGGAAAGUUCACUACCAACAGAAAGUGCCGAGAGGUUGGCAUGUUGUACUGUUCUGGAACAUUCAAUCUUUCCAAAAUCGAAAAACUUGAGUCGCUGA